AGCAGAAUCACAUGGAGUCGCGGUGGCCCCGCUUAUAAUCAGAAUUCAGCCAAUUAGAAUCAAAAUACGAGUUGGAUGCCCCAUUGGGUUUAGUGUAAUCUGCAACAGGAUGCUCCGCCUCAACGGCUGCAGCCAAUCAGCUACGUUCCCUGUUCGUCGAAUUUGUGGCCUGAGGCUGGGCUUUGUGCCAACGUCUCUCCAAAUAUCUAGUCUUCAUCACCAGGUGAGAGCAUGUAAGAUAAGUUGCAUUAUUCUCUCGAUUGUAUGCACGCCAAUAAGAUGCUAAAUUGAGGCAAUGGUUUAUUGCGCGCGUCCGAGCAAAAACUGCCUGGGUUGCCGGCAGCGGCGAAUCAAAUGUGAUCUUCGAGUGCCAGCAUGUACGCAAUGUAAGCGGGCAAGCAUGAAAUGUGCCGGCUACCGCGACCAGUUGGCGCUUUUGUUCCGUGACGAAAAUGCCAGGACACAGCAUCGCUCCGUAACGGCCAAAGACAGGUCUAGACAAGCGGAGACGUGCUGGAAUAAGAUACAAGUCGAUCGAUUGAGUCUCGCCGCUACUCCGUCCAAGUCACUUGAUGAAGGAGGUUUGAGCUUCUUUCUCGACCGCUUUACCACAGCGCCCCAAUGGUCAUCCAUUGACCAAUCGUCGAUGAGUGUCACAGUCCACCCAUUUAUUAAAAGUAUAGUUGCUAAAGAGCAGACUCGAGAUGCUCUGAUAUCUGUUGGCCUGGCCGCAUUAUCGAAUGUUACUGGAGAUAAGGCGUGUCUCAAGGUUGCGUUGCAAAAAUACGUCAAUGGCAUCAAACAUGUCCGAGAAGCUCUAGAAGAGCCGACCAAGACGGAUUUAGAUGACACAUUGAAACUUGCUGUGAUUCUCGCAUUGUUCGAGCUUGUUAGCACUAGCCCAGGCCACCUCAACUCUUGGAACAUUCAUACCAACGGCGCUCUUGCUCUCUUUCGGCACUUACACCACGGCCGUAUGCCCGUGAAACCACGUAAUAUGGCAGAUUUACAAUCUUAUACAUUCUUCAUCCUGAAGUAUUUCACCUCAGGCGGGGAUAUCCCUUCCGAGAUUCUCGACUGGUCUCCUCCAAAUUAUUCCUCACAGAUUCUUAACACGGCGGCUGCUCUCAUCAGCAUUCUCGUGCGUUUCGUUCGCUAUUCUGCUGUCUUGCAAGACCCCACUUUCAAUAUGAAUACCGAAGAAGCUGUCCGAGCAGCGUUCCUUAUCGACACGGCUCUGAAUGAUUGGGAAGCCAGCUUAUUCAGUGAUGACAGUUGGUCAUAUGUGACACAGGAAUCAAGCGAGCUUUUUGGCGUGUACCAAGGAAAGUGUCAUGUCUAUAAGAAUAUAUGGGCGUCUCGAAUAUUGAAUCACUACCGCUGGGCUCGCAUCCGUGUCAACGAAUUAUUAUACCUAUACACAUCGAAGCUGACGAAUCCAACGGCUUCUCAGCUCGUGCAUCAGCAGACAGCGCUAAGCACGAUUUCUCGCAUGGCAACUGACAUUUGUAUCUCGGUGCCUAAUCACUGUCGCUUAAUGGGGUUCGGAUUUGGCUCGCUGGCUAGUCGUGAGGCCGAUGUCCCACCCCUCAAUGGGGUCUUCAUACUCGUCUUUCCUUUGAUCAUUGCUGGAAGCGCUAUUGGCGUAUCUGACGAGCUGCAUGAAUGGAUUGUCAAGACACUCGGCAUGAUCGGGUCGACAAUGGGGAUUGGACAUGCAGCGGAAUCGAUUUCAGUUGUGAAAACGAUACGGGAGGUAAAGAAGCGCCAGGAUGUUGUGUCUUGGAAUGCAGCGCUUAUUUUUCCGAUGCAUGGGUAGUCGGAGAUUAUGUAGAUACCAUGUAGAUACGACUGUUGAUGACCGGUUGCAAUUGAGAAUGCAUGAUCGUCGUGUA